AUGCCGAAUCUAAGACAGACACUCACUCUUGCAGACCGAGGCUGGACUAGCCCUCGCGUCAUCUUUUCCAUGUUCAGGCACCCCAGGAAAGAGGCCACUUCUUUGCUUUGGGCUGCGUUAGCACUGCAUCUGGUAGGGGGAAUCAUCAGCCCUUUACAGCAGCUUCUUGUUGGUCAAGGAACUGGCACGAUCAUCUUACCCCAAACAGAGCUUCAGACGAUCUUCGACAUUGUAUCUCUGACUGAUACCCAUUCACUGGCGUAUACUGACUCCGGUACCGCGGUGGCUUUGCUUCGCCCUCGCCUAGUGACAGCUGGUAACGGUGCCGUGUCUGAUUACCUGUGGGCAGGAAAUAGCUCCUGUCGUCCGAAUAAACUCAUUUCGCGGGAUGCCGAUUCUUUAUUCAAAUGCCAACGCGCGAGUCUCAACUCUGUACCUCACACAGAGGCAAACGUCACGCUUGAUCUUUUUACUUCGUCUAUGCCAUCCACAGCAAACACGGGGAUGUUGAGGCAAUUUGCCCCCAGAAUGAAUUCUUCUUUGGCUUGGACGGACAUUGACUCGGGUGACUUUCCCAAGAACUGCUCCGAGGGGAACGGAUUUUUUCGUAACUACACUUCGCCCACAGACCCAGCCUCGGAAGAAUUUUAUAGUCUCAGCGUCUGCAUGCAAGGGAAUCUCAGCCACACUCCGUUCAAGGAGACAAGGGACCGGCAAGACUUUGAAGAAACCAUCUUCUUUUCUACAGGUUACUAUGUUAGUGGCACGGGUCUGGGAAAUGCAACUUGGAGGCUGACACUCUCGUCGACCCUUGGGUAUUUUGAAUUGCCCAACAAGAAGCGAAAGAAUGCAUAUGGCCCGCUACUAGACAAAGAUCCACUGGCAAAUUGCACUCCCCCACGAUGCAAUGGACGACAAAGACCCUCCUCCAUGUCCCCCAAUUACGGAUACGACAAAGAUGGAAGGUGGUAUCUCGACUUAGUACCAAGCAAAGGGCCCUUGGCAACUCUAACCUUGGCCUUGUUUGGGAAUGGUUCUUUCAUUGACACAAACAAUCGCAACAUAUCCGAUACGUUCCAUCGGACUAGCGCCCAAGACAGCGUAUGCUACGGAUACAAUCCACUCAGCCUAAUAAUGGGCGAGGAUGAAAGGUGCUCAAGUAGCGACUCCUCCGGAGGUAGGGUCGCUACAUGGGUGAGUUACCUCUCAGAGACGUCAUAUGCAAUCAGCGCACUUAGCCAGGCGGCUUUACUUGCAGACCAUGCUGUUUUGAUGUCUGCUAGAGGUGGCGAGACCUUGACCAUAUACGAGAAGAAAGGAGUUGACUAUCCGCGGCCUGAGAUUUCAACUGUGUCGAUGACGAUUCUGUGGCUGUUGAUUUCAAUCUACCUCUCUGCCCUGAUAAUGCUAUGCGUGUUGGCUACGAUGAGUGUGCCGUGGGCUGACUCACUCGAUAGUCAUGCCAUGGUUGCGAUGACGGCUUCGCUGUGCAGCAGAGAAAAUUCAAGGAAUGAUGAUGGGCUGGGUGAGAAAGCUGAUUUACUUGACUACCUUCCUGGUUAUGUUGGCGAUGCGGAGCCAGACUCGCCUGUGGGGAGACUGGGUGUAGGUGCUGACUCGCCAUUGAGAUGGAAUAGGCGAUACUGGAAGAAGAAGGAUCUGGCAUUUUGA